AUGAAAUCCAAUGUAUUUUCAAUAUGUCUGUUGGUUUUCGAAUUUGUUUUCGCCACUUCAAUACCCGUAAAUGGAUAUUACGCUAAUCCCGGUCAAGUUUGUUAUCUCAUUGACAAUUCUUCCAGUCAACAGAACGAUAAUCCAUUACAGAAACAAAUGCUGCUUGCAGCAUAUUCGCAACCUCUAAAUACUAUUGCUGAAUUAAACAACAAGAACAAUCAAGUCAAGUACAAUUCGCCAGCAUCGUCAACGAGUCCAAUCCCGUAUCCUAGUCACUGUACAGAUGAGAGAAGAUCCAACAUUUUAUCAACGCUCUUCAGUAUACCUGCCACUGUUGCCAAUUCUCUGUUGAACGGAGAAAUUACUGUUUGA